AUGGCAGCAGAGAAUUGGCUGCUAAAGAUGGAAAAAUUACUGAGAGCCCUUGAAUGCACUGAUGCUCAGAAGGUGGUGUAUGCCACUUUUGCUCUUCAAGGUUCUGCUGAAAGAUGGUGGUCAGGAAUUGAGCAAUUGUUGAGGAUGGAGUUGGGAGUGAAUACUCCAAUUACUUGGGGGAAGUUAGGGGAAGUUUUUAAUGAGACAUAUUUCCCUAAUGUAGUGAGGGACCAAAAAGCAAGAGAAAUCUCUGAUUUGGUUCAGGGGACGAUGAUUGUAGAAGAAUAUGUUGCAAAGUUUGUUGAGCUUUCUCACUUUGCUCCUUACUUGAUUCCGGAUGAGCCCAAGAAAGUAAGUAAAUUUCAGAAAGGUCUUAAUGAUAGGAUUCGCCCCCACAUUAUAGCUUCUGGAGUGGGCACUCUUACUGAGACUGUGAAGCAAGCAAUGAGUCUUGAAGAGGACUUUAAGUGCAACCCCGAUUCCAAGGAGGAUGAGGCAAGGAUCCUCUGGUUUUUAGCAUGUAGAAGGUCAGGGGUAAAAUUCAAAGAAGGGGUUCUUUAA